CGGAAAACACAGUAGCUGUAGCUGCGCAUAGACUUUUCCUCUUUCUGUUUCCCCCUCAUACCCCUCCCUAGACCUCUCUGGGCUUUGACGUCAUGUGUGCUCCUUUCAGUUGCCAUAGCAACCCCAUUCCCCAAGCCCUCUCGGUCCGUCUCCUCUGGUAGGUUCCACAAUGGUACAGGCAGCAUCACGCUGCACAAUGGUUUCUAGGCAGUGAAAGAGGGUGAUUCAGCAAGCCACUCUUCUUCUUUUCUCUUUAACCUCCCCUUCACUUUUUAUUUUUAUGGGGGUGGGUGGUGCUUGCUAUAUGCUUACCUUUUUCUUUUCUUUUUUCAUUUUUUACAAAUUUCCUUUUUUGUCCUCACUCCUCAAUUCCUAGGGGCUUGAGUGAGUUUAAGAUUGGGUUUUCUUGGAAAUCACCUGUCCAUCGUUAAUUUUAAACAAUUUCCCUAUCUCCAAAGAAUCUCUUCCUUAUUACAGUCUGGAAUGUGGUUAAUGAAAAACAAGUAGGGAGGAUUUCUGGGCCAAACACUGCCGGAUAAGGAUCGUAGUUCUCAGGCACGGAAUGGCUAGUGUGGGAAACACCAACUACAGACCCAUCUCAGAUCUUCACCAUGGCAGCUCAUGCAAGAAACUGUUGAAUUAGACCUGUUUCCUAUAGAUGAGAAACCAUACAAGCUGUGGACUCUGAGACUACUGCUAAAAUCUUCAAUGAUUCCAAACUUCUCAGCCUGGAGUUGAAGGACCUUGACAACAUUCAACCACUCUACGAUUCCUGAUAAUCUUCCCCUAUUUGCCCAACAAGUCUAUGUCCUAACCAAACUAGCCUCUGCACAGUUUCCUGAAUGUAUUUAUGAGCCUCCAUUUCUUAUACUACUGCAGUGAACCAACAUUGGAUGUGAAAAUUGCCUUUUGUCAGGGAUUCGAUAAACAAGUGGAUGUGUCAUAUAUUGCCAAACAUUACAACAUGAGCAAAAGCAAAGUUGACAACCAAUUCUACAGUGUGGAAGUGGGAGACUCAACCUUCACAGUUCUCAAGCGCUACCAGAAUCUAAAGCCUAUUGGCUCUGGAGCUCAGGGCAUAGUUUGUGCUGCGUAUGAUGCUGUCCUUGACAGAAAUGUGGCCAUUAAGAAGCUCAGCAGACCCUUUCAGAACCAAACACAUGCCAAGAGAGCAUACCGGGAGCUGGUCCUCAUGAAGUGUGUGAACCAUAAAAAUAUCAUUAGUUUAUUAAAUGUCUUCACACCCCAGAAAACGCUGGAGGAGUUCCAAGAUGUUUAUUUAGUAAUGGAACUGAUGGAUGCCAACUUAUGUCAAGUGAUCCAGAUGGAAUUAGACCAUGAGCGAAUGUCUUACCUGCUGUACCAAAUGUUGUGCGGCAUUAAGCACCUCCACUCUGCUGGAAUUAUUCACAGGGAUUUAAAACCAAGUAACAUUGUAGUCAAGUCUGAUUGCACAUUGAAAAUCCUGGACUUUGGACUGGCCAGGACAGCAGGCACAAGCUUCAUGAUGACUCCGUAUGUGGUGACACGUUAUUACAGAGCCCCCGAAGUCAUCCUGGGGAUGGGCUACAAGGAGAACGUGGAUAUAUGGUCUGUGGGAUGCAUUAUGGGAGAAAUGGUUCGCCACAAAAUCCUCUUUCCAGGAAGGGACUAUAUUGACCAGUGGAAUAAGGUAAUUGAACAACUAGGAACACCAUGUCCAGAAUUCAUGAAGAAAUUGCAACCCACAGUAAGAAACUAUGUGGAGAAUCGGCCCAAGUAUGCAGGACUCACCUUCCCCAAGCUCUUUCCAGAUUCCCUCUUCCCAGCGGACUCUGAGCACAAUAAACUCAAAGCCAGCCAAGCCAGGGACUUGUUGUCAAAGAUGCUAGUGAUUGACCCAGCAAAAAGAAUAUCAGUGGACGACGCCUUACAGCAUCCCUACAUCAAUGUCUGGUAUGACCCAGCUGAAGUGGAGGCGCCUCCACCUCAGAUAUAUGACAAGCAGUUGGAUGAAAGAGAACAUACAAUUGAAGAAUGGAAAGAACUUAUCUACAAGGAAGUAAUGAACUCGGAAGAAAAGACUAAAAAUGGUGUAGUAAAAGGACAGCCUUCUCCUUCAGGUGCAGCAGUGAACAGCAGUGAGAGUCUCCCUCCAUCCUCGUCUGUCAAUGACAUCUCCUCCAUGUCCACCGACCAGACCCUGGCAUCUGACACUGACAGCAGCCUGGAAGCCUCGGCAGGACCCCUGGGUUGUUGCAGGUGACUAGCCGCCUGCCUGCGAAACCCAGCGUUCUUCAGGAGAUGAUAUGAUGGAACACACACAAACACACACACACACACACACACACACACACACAC